ACACCUCCUCCAUUCCUACAGUCUGCUGAUAGAGACCUGGAGACACCUCCUCCAUUCCUACAGUCUGCUGAUAGUUAGAGACCUGGAGACACCUCCUCCAUUCCUACAGUCUGCUGAUAGAGACCUGGAGACACCUCCUCCAUUCCUACAGUCUGCUGAUAGUUAGAGACCUGGAGACACCUCCUCCAUUCCUACAGUCUGCUAAUAGAGACCUGGAGACACCUCCUCCGUUCCUACAGUCUGCUGAUAGAGACCUGGAGACACCUCCUCCAUUCCUACAGUCUGCUGAUAGUUAGAGACCUGGAGACACCUCCUCCAUUCCUACAGUCUGCUAAUAGAGACCUGGAGAUUGUUGUUUUGAAAUGAGCCCCGUCUGUCUUUCCACACAUACAGAGAGAGAGAAGCAAAAUAAGCAGUAAGUCAUGGAGGAACAGCUUGAGUCACAAAUGGCACCCUAUUCCCUUUGUAGUGCACUGCUUUUGACCAAGGGCCCAUAGUGCACUACUUUUGACCAGGGCUUUGCUAUUUGUGACGCAGAGACAGAGAAGCAUAGCGAACACUGCUGGAGCUCAUUGCCAAGUCCCAGCUGCCCUCGCUCAGCGGAGUGGCUCAGAAAAAUUACAUGAACAUCCUGGAGAGAGUGGUGCAGAAAGUCCUAGAUGACCAGCAGAAUGUUCGUCCCAUCAAGGAGCUCCUUCAGACCCUGUACGUGUCUCUGUGUGGCCUGGUGCAGGAUAUGGGGAAGUCUGUUCUGGUGGGGAACAUCAACUGUUGGGUCCAUCGCAUGGAGAACAUCCUGCAGUGGCAACAACAGCUGGACAACAUUCAGAUCAACAGGCCUGUGUCUAAGGGUAUGAGCCUAACAGACCUGCCUGUCAACCUGCAGCUGAACAUAAUGGAGCGUCUGUCAGAUGGCCGGGACCUGGUCAGUCUGGGACAGGUGACUCCGGACCUGGGACAACUCACUGAGGACAGGCUGCUGUGGAAGAGGCUCUGCCAGCACCACUUCACUGACAGACAGAUCCGUAAGCGUCUGAUGGUGUCAGACAAGGGCCAGUUGGAGUGGAAGAAGAUGUACUUUAAGCUGUGUCGCUGCUACCCUGUCAGAGAGCAAUACAGUGAAACCCUGCAGUUCUGCACACACUGCCACAUCCUCUUCUGGAAGGAUACGAACCACCCGUGCACAGCCAACAACACAGAGAGCUGCUGUAAGCCUGUUUCUCCACAAGGCUUUAUCAACCUCUUCAAGUUCUGAGAGCCACACAGAGCCUGAGUGACUUUUUGUACAUACAGUAAAAGAACUGUUUAUAGUGCGAUCAAAUGAAUUCAAACAGGCCCUUUUAGUAUGUGUAUAGUGGUGAUGGUGCAUUUGAUUCCUGGUCACCGUGACACUGGGGAGAGGAAGCAGUGGGGAAAUGAUGCAAUCAAAUUCUUGGUCGGGAGAGCUGAGGAUUCUGGGAGAUGGAGUUCUACAGCUGAGAACAAGUGAACUUGACAAACUGAUCAAAGAGAGGCGGAACAGAGUACUCUGAAGUUUAUUAAAUAAGUUUGGUCCUUUUUUAAAUUUAAAUUCAAAUUAAAUGCACUUCUCUUCCUGAGUGCAGUUAUGGCAUGGCUACCGUAACAGCAUACUAAGUUUAAACGUUUUCCAGAAAGGAAAUAAUUUGCAAAAGUGUAUUUGUUUAGUUUUAAAUAGGGGCUGUCAAACGAUUAAAAUAAUUAAGAGUUAAUAGCAUUAGUAAUAAUUUUUUUAUUUGAUCAAAUUUGGCCCUACAUUUUUUUAUUACAUUUUUUAAUUUUACUAUGUUUGGAUUGUAAGGGAAAGAGACAAAACUAAUCUGUAUCAAUGUUUUUAAUGGAAUAUAAACUAUAAACAACACAAAAGUCACUGCUAA